AUGCCCAACGCUCACCCCACGGCCCUUGCAGAGAAGGUGGCUGUAAACAGAGCCGAGUUUGCAGAACGCCACCGAGACAGGUGGGGCUGGAGCACUACCUCGGGGCUUGGCGACCCGGCGGAUCUAGCUCCUGGCAGCAAGCCCCGACUCUACAGUGCACCGCGGGGCGAGCAGGGGGCAGGCGGCAGCCACCAUCCCGCUACACCUUCCCCCCGCUACCAACCGGGGCUCCACCGGCGCCGGGCUGCAGGCGGAGCUGUGGCGGGCGGCCACCCUCACGCCUGCGCCAGCCGGCCGGCGGAAGACGGUGGCUUCCUGGGCCGACGCUGGAGGUGUUCCCGUAUCGGCAUGGCGGGAAGGUUUCUGCUGGAGAUCAGGCGGGGGACACAGAGCGCCUUGCUGGUUAUCCGCGAAGCGGACCGACCGAGCUCGCCGCUGGACGUUUCGGUGGCCGCGGAUUGUCUGGAAGUGAGGAGGAGCAGAGGGUGCUGCGAGGCGACAGCGCUGCCGCCAGGGGUCAGGCUGGCCCCAGCCUCCUGCCGCGCCCUGAGCCACCUGCCCGGCGACGGCCUCCACCUGCGCCUGCGCCUGUGCUGCCCGCCGCCCAGCGCCGAUUUGGCUUUAACUUUGAGAGAAAGCCUGAAACCCCAGAAGAAUUAUGUCUUUUACUGUCAGUCCUGUGGUGACAUCAUAGUAAAAGACCGGAAAUUUCUCAGAGUUCUUCCUCUACCAAGUGAAAACUGGAGUGCUUUAGUUGAAGAGUGGUGUUGUCACCCCAACCCCUUUGCUAGAAGCACUUUGCAUCCUCAGCAUAAUGACUGUUUUCUUGGAGACACUUUUUUCCUGUUGAAUACACAAAAUGGAUCACACGUGCCUGAAUCUCACAUGUGUUCCUCAGAGACUGCACCUCAUGCUUCUCAGAGUGACUCUGACUUGAAAUCAAAGGAAAAUACCAGAGUAACUUGUAAGCGCUGCAAGAGAACUCUAGGAGAAACAAUAUCAUCAGAUACCAUUAAAUAUUAUGUCACUGAGGUGAUUAUUCAGCCAUCUGAGGGAAGUUUCAGCACAUCACCAAGGUCUCAAUUCCUACAGAGCAGGGUUGCUCAGUGUCUUGUGGAACUGUCCUCUGCAAAAAGCACAUUUAGGUUCACCAUAGAAGGGGAUGAUGGAAAAAUCUAUAUUCUUAUAUGGCUUUUAAAUUCUGACACAUUGCUGGUGGAGUCUUUAGGAAGUUCCUCCUCUCACAGUGUUUUUACACUUUUUGGAGAUAUUUUCAUGGAUAGCUCUGGACCUGUGGGGACCUGGAAUGCUGUAAAAGUCCUUUACCAGCCAUGCAUUAAAAGCAGGAAUAAAGACCUCGCUGAUGCAUGGGAAAAUGAUACUGGGGUUCAUCCUUUAAAUUUUCCAUCAGAAACAUGUUUGGAAUUACUUCUGAUAUUAGGUUUGAGUACCAGCUCUCUGCCACCUUCACUUCGAUGCAUGAACUCCUUCCAGCUUUUUGAAGCUGUCUCUGGAAAUGAACCAUCGCCUCAGAGGCCUGCCAUGUGCAGCCUGGAAUUGAGUCAGGGGUAG